AUGAGGCGUGAUCUUGCGCCGAGAGCUAGAAGUCCAAAUCCUGUCGUGCCGUCACGAAGUCCUGAACCAUCAAUGACUGCGCGAGGUCAGCAACCGGGCUUGUCUACGAAGACUUCACAAACGUUGAGACCCGUCCGAAGCCCAGAGCCAACAAGGACGGCGAGAAGUCCAGAACCGAUAAGGUCAACAAAAAGCCCAGACCCGGUGAGAUCGGCCAGAAGUCCUGUUCCAGAUUUAUCAACCAAAAGUUCACAAACGCUGAGACCUGUCAGAAGUCCAGAGCCUACUAGGACGGUCAGAAGCGCGGAACCGGUGAGGUCAGCUCAGACUCCGUCACCGCCGAACGACCAUUUUCAAAGCGAAAACGAGGAGACGGAGCCACGCGCCAAAAGUCCCAAUGCUGUGGUGCACUUUAAGACUCCAGCUCAAGUAAUGGCCGGGAUGGCAGCGGCAUCCAGACCUCCAGUCCCAGAACGAUCGGCUUCGAGAAGGAGAUCAAUCACUGAGCAAGCCCGUUCGCUUCUCCGCAUGAAGCCUUCGUUUCAACGAAACGAUGAAAACGCGCUUUCCAGCACCAAUCUGCCAAUACAAAGUCCUUCUGGCGAACCUACGCCGAAAAAUCGCCCCUCCAGUCCUAUCGUCGCACGUUCUCCCUCGACUCGAAAAGCUCAAGCCAUGAGUAUGUCGACUUAUUCUGCAAGUCCAACAUCGCCAAUGAAAACCAGCGAUUUUCCCCCUGACCGUGGGGAUAGUCCAGUCUACACCAGAGCGGGAAAAAAUGUCCCCACUCAGAGUUCUUAUGGGGUACCGGCUUUCCCAGCGCAUUCUCGGACAACCUCCCUCGACCGUGCAAUGCCAGCUGGCUCCGCAUGGCUACCAGGGCAUUCUCGAACACCAUCUCUGGACAGUGCUGUACCAGCUGGCCCCUCUCAACAAAUAGGGUCACCCGCUAGGACAGAAUUGCCACCAAUGGCUCGUUAUGCUAAACCUGUUGCGGCGCUCGACGACUCGGAAGGAAAUGUAAAUACUGCACAUCCGUUGCUCCAGAAAGCUCGACACACCAGGUUUGCUACAAAAAAUGCGAACGAUCUUCCUCUUCGCCAUUACAAAAGCCACGACGCCUUCACGCACUCAAAUCCUGAUCUAUCGCAACGGCAGACAGAAGGCAUGGUACCACCAAAACGAUCAAGUUCUCUACUCUACAACCCUAAUACACGAUCCAUUACACCUACAUUUUCUGGCGCCCAGACCGUUAUAAGCUCUCCAUACCCCAACCGAUUAUCGUCGCCUGAGACCAAAAGAUCUCCGACUCCAAACCAAUUACACCAGAAUGACUCAGCGAUUAGUCUAGUGGCUCGGGCACAUACCGCUUCCGCUGAAUCUGAACUGGGAAUCCACCCAGCCCAUCGGACUCCCGAACCUCCCUCCGCAUCUACGGCAGGCUCAUCUCCCUCGCCCUCUAUAACAUCCUCGAGAGCUGAGCAAGGUGCGACGCCACCUCCAAUAGCUACAGUGCGCUCGCCGAAAACCAGUGAUGCAACCAUAACGUCUCCAAAGGUUCCUCCACCCUCUCGCUUUGCCCCAGCUGCUCCAUCUCAAUUCCAAAACACAACAGCACCCACAACCAGCAACCAUUCCCGAGAAGCCUCCAAAGACUAUCCUCCUGAGUCCAAUCCCAAGUACAAGACCACCGCCACAAAUAACACACCGUUUUACUUGAACCCUGCCUCAUCACAAGCUCUCCUCGAUUUCUUAGCUUCAACUCCUCCACCCUCUCCGCCGCAUCCGGGCACCAAGACCGAACCAGGCACUCCAGCAACAGCCUCGGCGGGCGCUUUCUUCAACCGCGCUUAUAUAGCCACGGAGAAUCGUGGAGGUGAGUCUAGCCCACCUCCACCUUUUGCCGUUGGAAGGGGAAAAGGAAGCAUGGACGCACUCCCAAGAGCCAAGACCGGCGAUGGUAUAACGCGGGAGAAGAAAGGAUGGAAGAAAAUAUUUGGGGGCGGAGGCGGCAAAACGGAGAAGCAGAUAAAUGGGGUAAAUGGCAGCAUGGAAAUGAAGCAGAAGAAGAAAAGAGAUUAUCGAAAAAACGUCGAGUUGAGUCAGGUCUAUGGUGUUGGGACCGGUGCACAAAGCGUAGAUGGGAGGAUUGGAGAUGUGGGCAAGGAUGGUAGUGGAUAUAUGGGUUUAGGAAAGGACGGGGUGUGGAUAUCGAGGAAGAACUUUUCGAAGACAUAG